CUCUCUCUCUCUCUCUCUCUCUCUCUCUCUCUCUCAUCUCUGUGCCCUAAUUUCGAAUUCUCUCGCCUGAGAUCAAGCCCUCGAAACUAUCCAAAAGAUUUUCUCAAAUUUCGAUUGAUUUCCCUCUAAAUUGGGCUACAAUAUGUCUCAGGUAGACAGCAGAAGUUCUUCAGCUGCUAAACGUGCGAGGACAGAUGGUGGCCGCAGGGAAGAUGACUGGACCUGCCCAAGCUGUAGCAAUGUGAAUUUCUCGUUUAGGACAACUUGUAAUAUGCGCAACUGCACCCAGUCCAGACCUGCGGAUCACAACUCUAAAUCUGCUCACAGACCAAUGCAAGCACUUCAGGGAUACCCAUCUGCAGCUCCAUAUGUAGGCUCCGGUACACCCUCAAUGUAUAUGGGUGUAUCUCCAUAUGCCUCUUCUCUGUUCAACAGAAAUUCUAUGCCUCCAUACGAUAUGCCUUUUUCUGGGGGCUCAUCGUAUCAUUACAACUAUGGAGGUCGUCUUUCUGGAGGCAGCCCAUAUCAGCCUUUGCAUUUAUCUGCCCCUCCUCCUUACGCAAAUGGAUCAAUGAUGGGAAAUGGUGGGAUGUAUCGUGUGCCACCUCUCGUUGAUCGAUAUGGUUUGGCUUUGCCGAUGAGCCCUGCUAUGGGUCAAAGGCCCGCAUAUUUCCCUGAGGAUACACCUCAGAAGAAAUCCGGUGAUGGAACUCGCGAUAAUGACUGGUCAUGUCCCAAGUGUGGCAAUAUGAAUUUUUCGUUUAGAACAGUUUGCAACAUGAGGAAGUGCAAUACACCUAAGCCUGGAUCCCAGGUUGCGAAAUCAGUCAAGAAUUCCAACAUGCCAGAGGGAAGCUGGAAGUGUGAGAAAUGCAACAAUAUAAACUAUCCUUUCAGGACAAAGUGCAACAGACAGAACUGUGGUGCUGAUAAGCCUUCCGAGACAAACAAAUCCCCACACGAAGCAGCUGAUGAAAACGAUCAGUGAGUACUAGGAAUGUUUGAGAAGGUCCAGAGUUGUGGUCCAGAAUUCCUCAGUUUGGGUGUCUGAAUGUCGGUCAGUUGUCGUCUUCCUGUUGCAGCGGUUGGUCAAGUCAAACUUUGCCUUUGUUUCAGUUUUGUGUCGUACGUCAAGUUGUUUGUAUUUAACCUAAAUGGUAUCUUAUGGUCUUUGUCCUAAUGAAGUUUGCAUCGUGUGUGUUUGUGUCAACCGAAUUGUUCUGCUAGAUUUCGAAUUCGUUAUCGUUUAUUUAUCUAGGAUUUUGUGUAUUUGUCGUAUCUCUCACAUUUUAGUGGUGUGAUAUAACAUCAUUUGGAGGUAUAAUACUCUUUUGGUCUUCAUUAGUUUGAAUUCAAUUUGCUCUUCGAGUAAAGUCUGUCUGUCUUGUGG